CUUGCCCUCUUAGCCUAGCCUAGCCUAGGCCUACUAAUCUACUUCGGCCUCGGGCCUAGCCUACGACAGCCACUGUGGUCACUUUUGCUAGCGUAGCAGACGAAAUGGGAAGGCCCCACUCGUUUAUAAUUGUGCUCUUUUGGUUAAUACUGACUCCCACAUGUGGAAUUCCUAGCGGUAUCCCACAUGUGAAAUAUUUUGAAACUCUCAGUAGUGAGGACCUGACUGUCAGGCACAAAAGAUCUGACGAUGACACUGAAGCCAUCAAGUUUGUUCAUUUUGGUGCUUUCAACAAGAGCUUUCAACUGGUGUUGAAACCAGGUGCCUAUGUACUGGCCAAUGACUUUCAGGCAGUUAUUGUUCAUAAGGAUGGCAGCUCUUCCAUAUUUCACGUCGAUCAUACAAACACUUACACUGGAGUCUUGGAUGGUAAUCCAGAUGGUGAAGUCAUUGCUCACAAGGAAGGCUCAUUGUGGUCAAUCAAGAUCUUGGUUGAUGGAGAUAUCUAUGCGGUUGAGCCAGCAUGGAGGUUUGCCGAGGACUAUGGCAGCUUGGAGGAUACAAUGGUUGUGUACCGUGUCUCCGAUCUUGAUGUCAAACUGUCACAAGCUCCAUACAGCAGAGCUUGUGAUGAUGAAGAUGAUGUUGAAGAAUGCAAACAAAAUGAAAAGGAAAAUGAUGACAUCUGUGCCGAAGGUGUUGAUGACAUAAAGAGUGAAGAACGAGAGAAGAGAGAUGAAAGUAAAACCAAACCACGUACAACCUGCUUGAUUUGUGCUAUUGGAGACUAUGACUUUUUCAAAGGAUGGUGUAAAGGAUCCUACAUAAAUUGUGCCUCGACAAUAAUAGAUUUUAUUCAGUUUGCUGACACCAUAUACAGAAGGCAAAAGUUUGUGAAAAAGAAUGGAGACAUCGUCUCUGGUGUGCGUCUGCAACUAGGGAUGAUACAGAUCUACACAUCGUACAAUGACGCAGAUCCGCUUCAUAUGGAGAAAGCACACUUCAAUGAUGAAGGUAUCGCUUGGACACCUCAAGCUAAACUCAAGGCGUUAGGCAUGGCGUCUAAAAUCUCGUUGAUCAACUUCUGUUUGACUCAUCUGUUCACCUCCUAUGCCUUCUCUGGUGGGGUGAUGGGCCUGGCGUGGGUGAGCCAGUCCAGCAAUACAGGGAUCUGCGGACGCAGGGGAAGCAAUCUGGUGGCUUACAACACAGGUUGGACGUCAACCUUCACACACAUGGGAUACUCGUUGUCGUCGCUGCAUGUAAAUCUCAUCUUCACUCAUGAGCUUGGCCACAAUUUUGGCAGCACUCACGACCCAGCCACCCACGAGUGUGCCAAGUCAGCGCAGGAAGGAGGAAACUUUCUCAUGUGGGCCAUGUCUGUUGAUGGACACCACCCAAACAACUUUCAAUUUUCUCCAUGCUCUCUGAAGAUGAUUGGGAGACAGUUAGACUACAAGAUGAAGAGAUGUUUUCGUGUUCAUGCCAAGAUAAAAGCAUUUUGUGGCAAUGGCAUACUGGAAGCUCAUGAAGAAUGUGACACGGGUCAGUUUCAGCCUCAGCGACCUAACCAAUGCUGCUCGAGAAAGUGCAGGCUAAAAGGCAAUGCAAUUUGUAGUGAGAUGAACAAACAUUGCUGUGUUAACUGCCAAAUGGCUUCAAAUAACACAGUGUGCGUUGCUGAAAGCUCUGGGACCUGCAAGCAGAGCUCAGCGUGCACAGGAGUCAGCUUUGAAUGUCCCUUGCCGUUGGACUUAAAGGAUGGGACACCUUGUCUUAACAAAGGCAAGUGUUUGAAAGGGACCUGCUUGGAUUUUUGUAGCGUGGAAGGAAGGGUCGUAGGGAAACAACUGAAAAGCUGUCUUUGCUCCUCUAAUGAGGACUAUGCCUGUUUCCCGUGCUGUUUUGACAACGGCACAGAUGUGAAAGGACCCUGUGAGCCGUAUUCUCUCGAGAGGUUACAGAAUGGGAGACAAUGUUUCAAAGGCCUUUGUUUUGAGGGCAAGUGUGAAGUUGUGGUGAAGAACACGUUGGUACGACUCUACCAGUUUGUGAUCAGCAUGCAAACGUCAAAGUUCAUCCUGUUCAUGAAGAGCAACAUUGUGAUGACUGUGGUGGUCCUCACCGCCUUGUUGUGGAUCCCGGCCUCUUGGCUCAUCAGCAUACAGGAUGAAAGAGAGAGGGAAGCUUUUGAAAAUCCAGUGGGUCUUUGGAAUGUUUAUAAUGAGAGGCAGGUGUCAAGUGAGCAUUCUUUAGUGAGAAGCCCCAAGUCCUCGUCCUCGUCCUCGCCCCCGCCCUCCCACUCUCUGACUCGCUCACCGUCUCAGACUUUGUCUCUGCCUCAGUCUCCAUCUCAUGCUCAAGGUGAAAAGCAUGAUUCCUUCCGUUCUGCUCAUAGCCAAAACCGUGGCACCAUCGUUUUCAUCCUACCCUCUGACUCGGACUCGGGGGACCUGGACAAACUUGGAAAGGAGCAGGAGGCUAAAGACACCGAUUCUAGCGGUCAUGAUGAGGUCAGAGAGGAGGAAAAGACAGAUACUCAAGGAAAGGGAGCUGAGGAAGAAAAGACAGACAGGCGAGAAGAAACAAACCAACAUGAACAAAUACAUGACGAAGAAAGAACAGACAAACGAGAAAAAAUAGAUGACAGAGGAAGAACUAUGAGUGUUUACCAUGAAAGUAUAGAUGCAGAAGAAAAGACAGGUAGCCUAGAAAGAACAGAUGAUGAAGACGAAAGUGAAGACCCAAAAAAAACCUGAUGAAAAAGAAAAUGCGAAUGACGAAGAAAAUACAAAUGACACUUUGACAGCUGUUUCCCUUUGAGCUGUUUCGACUCGUGUCAGACUGUAUUGCCGAAUGAAAGUUUGGUUUAAAUGUUACUGUUACUGUUACAUUUUGAUUCAAACUCAGUGUUUUUUCUUUCAUCGGGAGAGUUUCUUUUAGUUUUGUUGGAUUGUUCUUGGUUAACCUUUUUUUCCAUUUUGGAGCAGUAACGCUUAUUUUCUGCAAUUGUAACUGAUUUAGGAAAGUCAAGAACCGUGACAUCUGUCAACCUACGAUCUUCAUAAAUAAACCUGACAAGCUGUUCAAAUGUCCUUAGCUCAGAAAGCGACAUCUAAAAAGAACCUGUUUCAUUCUUUUAAUUAUACUUACAUUAUGUAUCUUUUUUGUUGUUGCUUUUUUUCAACAUUAAGAAUUUGAAUUUCGACAGAGUAUUUCUAAAGCACACGCAAGGAUACCACAAAUUUAGAAAAUGCAAUACAUUUUUCUUUUCGAAAGUUAGGGUUAAUUAGUGCAUCUGAACAGCUGAUUGACAAUAAUCAACAUCAGCUUGCUGAGCAUUGGCUUCUGACUUGGAAGAUUACAGAUUGCAGAUUACAGAUUGCAGGCACCCUGUAUAAUAAUAUGUAAGGCAUCGUGGUCAAAUCAGGCGCCUGUCAAAAUAAUGAAAUUGAGGAUACCGUUAUUUUACCGCCAGUUUGACUAUUUUUGUCAAGUUUUGUUUUUGUUUUUUGGCUCAACAUAUUUUAUGCCCAUGUCAAAAACAAAUUUGUGUGUGAAUCUUACUGAAAAACGGUAAUUAAAGGCACAAAAAAGGUGAAUUUGUACUGUCCAAGGAUUCUCAAGCUACAGAAGCCGCCAAACUUUGUUGGCCAUUUUCUCGCAAAGUUUGCUUCUGAAACCCACCUCCUUCAUUUGCAAAUAACUCGACUUCUAUGUAAGAUAGAUGAAUAUUUAUAAAAUCAAAAUCUAGAUAAACUAACUAGAUUUAAGGUGAUACCAAUAACUCCAUAUGCCCCAAAAUUCACGAACACUUGAUUCCACCGCGCUAUGACACUUUUGUCUUGUCCUCCCGAUAUUUCUGUCCGACUUUAAACCAGUAACAUUCCUGAGUUUUAUUCAUAUCGAUUUUGUCUCAAACAACUACAUUUGUUAAAGAAUUUUCGGGAAUUUUUUCCUUUUGCUUGUUUAAAUAGUCUGACUCCCGGCACUUUUACCGUUGGCCAUUACUCUACAAGGAUUGCAAUGUUUAAUAUAGCAUCACAGAUGCAUACAUUCGGUGGUGCUACUAGUCUAGCAUCUGCGUUUGUCAGCGAUUUGGUGCAUUUUUUGGUCCACAAAUCGCGGCGCGAUUUUUUGCAUUUUUCACACAAAAAACGAACCAAAUAAAAAAAAAAAACACCUCUGGAGAAUAUUAAAUCGAAAAAAAAACUUCAGGGGAAUAAAUAUC